AAAAAGUUUUGUUUUCUCUACUGUUUCUUUGUUUUAUUAUAUUGAUGGCAUUAGACUGAAUAUAUUUAUUUAUCUGUUUAGUUUUUGCAUCUCUUUUUCACAUAAUUUACGACUUUAGAACUGUAUUGGUUGAUAGCUACAUUGUCUUUAUUCUGAAUUUGGAGCAAAAUUGAAUCUGGAUUCCUAUAAAAUUUGAAGAGUUUUGCUCUAAUAAGCGUGUAGAUGUUGAAAUAUGUUGUAGGAGCCUCCCAAUCAUAUUCAGAAAGGUGUAUACAAAAUCAUGAACUUGUUCAUGUUAAAGUAAAUAUACUACUGUUCGAAUCGUCUAAGCAUAUAUUACUAGUAGAGUAGUAUUGAUCUCUCAAAUUACUUGUAAUUCAGUUAUCACAAAUAAAAAGUGUAACUUAUUACUUGAAUUGAAAGUGGUGUUUGUUUACUUAAACAGUGUGCUCCAUCUCAUUCUUUCUUACUUAUCAAGGAAAAAAAAAUGUUUUUCAUCUCUCGGCUUUUGCUUCCUGUGCAUAGUUAAGUAAGUGCCUGGCUCUUUUCAAAGAACCUGACUUUACUAUUUUAUGUUUGACAUAUUCAUAGGUGUAUUAGACAUGUCAUUUAGAUACAUUACAUAAAUAUAAAAAUAGAGGGAGUUGCGGUAGGUUAACGACUAGCAUAGAAGUAGUUGGAUGAAAUCUCUGGAGUGCAGCUAUUUUAAAUCUUUGCUCUUUUAGUCCUUCCGUUCUUUGUCUUUGACAGCCGUUUCUACAAGUUACUUACAUUGCUCUUCAUGAUCAGUACAAAAUUGGAUUAUCUUUAACUGUCAUCAUUACUCGUUGGUUGUUGAUCUUAAUGAAAAAUGAUCAAAUUGUUCAAAGUAAAAGAGAAGCAAAAAGAGGCUAAUGAGAAUGGCAAUGGGAAGGGCCCUUGCAACAAGCAGACCGCUGGGGAACUGCGUCUACACAAAGACAUUACCGAGCUGAACCUGCCCCGUACUUGUACAAUAUCAUUUCCUGGUGGGAAGGAUAAGCUGAUGAAUUUUGAAAUUACAAUUAAGCCAUAUGACGGAUACUAUGCUGGUGGAAAAUUUCUAUUCUCUUUCGAGGUUCCAUCAAUCUAUCCACACGAACCACCAAAAGUAAAGUGCAAGACCAAGGUAUACCAUCCUAAUAUCGAUUUGGAGGGUAGUGUCUGCCUCAACGUACUUAGAGAAGAUUGGAAACCUGUUCUCAACAUCAACACAAUUGUUUAUGGAUUAUAUCAUCUUUUUACGGAACCAAACCCCGAGGAUCCUCUUAAUACUGAUGCUGCUGCUGUGUUGAGAGACAGGCCUGAGUUGUUUAAAUCAAAUGUGAGAAAGGCUAUGUAUGGUGGAUGUGUGGACAACAUAAGCUUCGCGCGAUGCGUGUAGCCUACGGGUGUUCAUCAGUCUGUACGGUUUUGAAAGAUUUGAUUUGGUAUUUUUGGUUUUCGUUUAUAAAAAUAUUAAAUAUUAUAUCAAUACCAUAUCAAGAUAAGUUUGGUAUGGUUCGUUUUUAACC